AUGCCAGUGAGUAAUGAUGUUUUCGCUGCCGACUCCGAGAGGAGUACACGCGGCGUAGGCCGUGAGGUUACACGACCGCCGCGAAACUCAAGAAAAAGUUUUUGAAAUGUCCGGGCGCCAAACGAAGACGAUAAACUUCGAAAACUCAUCAUUUUUGCCGAUUUUUCCGCAAGAAGCAGAGAGAAAAAUUGCAGAAAGCAAUGUCAAGAAACGUGGAAGUCAAAGCGAAAGUUCGGGACCACGACGAAACAGUUCGCAGAGCCGUCGAGAUCUCCGGAAAGAAACCGUCAGUUUUGAAGUGAGUCAGAAUAAAAUACUGUCAGAGAGAAGCAGAAUUUUCACAAAAAGUUUUAGUAACCGCUGAACAUUAUCUGGUUUCUCGGAAUCCAUUCUCCUUUCUUUUAAACUGAAACGAAAAAAAUCUGAAAAUAAACGUUUUAUUACAGGCAGCAUGACAUCUUUUACGAGUCACCAAAUGGACGCCUCAAGAUGCGAAGCGUUGAAGAAAACGGAGUGGUGAGUGACAUCUAGAGCACUCUCUUUGAUUUCAAAGUCUCUCAGGCACGCACGGAACUCAUUUGGUACGACCGUCCGGAUGUUGCUGGCCCAAAACUUAGCAGCUUCAACAAAUUCGACGUGCCCGCCGCAGUGCUCGAUGCGCUGAAACUUUCGCUCCAAUCGUCGAUGGGAGUGAAGGGAGAAGUAAGGAAAACGAGGACUCUAGUGCUCCACGGACAGACUCGCAUCCACAUCGAUCGAGUCGACGGACUCGGCGACUUCGUGGAGUUGGAAGUGUGCCUGACGCCGGAGGAAACCCCGGAGCACGGCGAACGAAUCGCUCAUGAGAUUCGAAAGCAACUGGCAGUUGCCGAGUCGGACUUGCUUGUCGGGGCUUACAUGGACAUGUUGAAAGCAUGA